UAAGUGUUCUAUCCACAGAGUACUUUUUUAUAUGUGUUCUAUGCUUAUGGUUCUAUGUUUUGUAUUUUGUAGGGUUUGAUUUGAGAUAAAUAUCUCUAGUUGGUUUGAAAUUAUAAUACUUUUUGUAUAAUUAAUAGAUUUAAACUAAUAUGUUCAUUCUUUCCUAAUAAAAAACAUUAUUUGUAAACUCGAAUACCCAAAGGUUAAGUUAAUACCUCACAUUUGUUAGUAUUCGAAAUAGCCCCAAAACAUAUCUAAAAUGGAUGAACGAAGUGUGGAGGAUACCCCGGCGUCUCAAAGGCUUACCAAUGAAGACUUUAGGAAGCUGCUUAUGACGCCGAGGUCGACACCAUCUGGGGCUCACCCAGCUGGUUCGAUACGAGAGGCAAUGGCAAAUGCUGGGUCUAUGCCACCCCCCGCUGAGAAUAAAAGUGAGUUGCGGAGAAAGAAGAAAUCAUAUUAUGCGGCACUAAAGAAGCAAGAGGAUACUAAAUUAGCAGAAUUGGCAGAAAAGUACAGAGACAGGGCUAGGGAGCGGAGGGAUGGCUUGCAGGAUGUUAAUCCCUUGGAUCCUACAAGUAACACCAGUAGUGCUUACAGAGCUGUUGCACCAGAUGCAAAAUCUGGAAUGGAUGCAAAAGAAAGGAGAAGACAAAUGAUCCAGGAAUCCAAAUAUCUUGGUGGUGACAUGGAGCACACUCACUUGGUGAAAGGUCUCGAUUAUGCUCUGUUGCAAAAGGUGCGUUCAGAAAUUCAAACAAGAGAACAAGAACAGGAAGCAGAAAUGGAGAGAUUAGUCACCGCUCCUGUUGAAGAGGUCAAGGAGCAGAAGGAAGUUCCUGUUGAGGAAGAGAUGCAAUUUGAAACACCAAUGGCUAAAAAUAUCUACAACAUGAUCUUGGAACAGAAGUCCAAAAAGGUGACGAGGAACGAGCUGUUCGCGGCCGGUCGUAUGGCGUACGUGGUCGAGUUAGACGAGGAGGGUGCUAUAGAUAGCGACAUACCGACCACGCUCACGCGCAGCAAGGCUGACGUGCCCGAGAUGGACGAGCGGAGCUCUGCAAGCGCAGCCAAUGAUGUCGUGGUCGAUAAAUUGGCGCAGAUAUUCUCCUACUUGAGACACGGAAGACAUAGGAAGCUUAAGAAGAUGAAAGAAAAGGGCGGUGAAAAGGGUCGUAACGAUGAUUCAAUAUACGGUGACAUCGGUGAUUACGUGGCCGGAGAUAGGAGAAGUGACCGUCGCGAAGACAGACCGAGGUCGAGCUAUUUCGACAAACCCGUUGAGACUGAGAAGGAAGAAGGGCCAGGUCCGGUGGGGCGAAGGCCGGGUACAGUGGAGGAGCGCGACAAGCGGUCCGCAGCGCUGCUGUCGCGGCUCGCGGCGGAGCCCGAGGGCUACGCGGAGUGCUACCCGGGGCUCCGGGAGAUGGACGACGCGAUUGAUGACUCGGAUGAUGAGGUGGACUACUCGAAGAUGGACGCCGGGAAUAAGAAGGGGCCUAUUGGCCGUUGGGACUUCGACACGCAAGAGGAGUACUCGGCGUACAUGAGCAGCAAGGAGGCUCUACCGAAAGCCGCUUUUCAAUAUGGAGUUAAAACUCAAGAUGGAAGAAAAACUAGAAAAACUAAAGAUAAGAGCGAAAAGGCAGAAUUGGAUAGGGAGUGGCAGCAAAUUCAAAAUAUAAUUCAAAAACGUAAGGCGCCAAAAUACACAUCAGAAGAGCCGGGCUUCAAAACCCCGAGAUAUUAAAUAAGGUUUACAAAGAAGUUGGAAUAUUUUUACCACUUGUGUAUUUGAAGUGUUUCAUUUUUAUGCUUAGUUUAAGCAUUUAUAUUAAGUUGUAACAGCCUUAAAUAAUUUAAGACAGUUUUAAGGGUUUAAUUGUGUAAAUAUAAAUAAUAUGAAUGCAUUAUUAUAACACGCAAAACUGUACGCUAUAAAUAUAAUAUAAGAUGACAAA